AUUUAGCCGCAUUAUGUAAGACAGUUGACCGAGCAGCAUGGACGAACAAGAAUGAGGCGGACUAUCUUCCUUGGCCCACGACCAUAAAUUUCCCCAAAAAGACUCAGGAUCAAGACCUCGGGACGGAAUCCUGUUAUUUUCUGAUGCCUCGCUGUCCGUAUAUGGUGCAAGACGGUUCUUGGUUUCCCCCCUCCCUUUGUCGGUUUGCAGGUAGGCAGCGUGAGCCAUGGAGCGCGGGACCGAGGCGGGUGGUUCUGAGGAUGUCAGCGACUUUCUUGACCGCAUCCGUGAGCUGGGCAACAAGCGCGACAAGGAAGACGAAGAGCGCGCUAGAAAGCUAGAAGAAGAGAUCAUACAAGGCCGGAAAGAAAGACAGGCUAGAAGAGCUGAGCGUGCCCGAUCCAUAUCCCCAACCAAAGACUCCCCCGGCCCCUACAAUACUUCCCCUUUGGCAGCAAGCGUGUCUCACUCCUCUCCCAUACGCGCACAGUCAAUUGAACCCCCGUUAACACUUCUCCCAUCCCCACAAAAAGAAACUUCCGAUACUACACUCGCAGCGAGGGAAAUGGGGGAUUCUGAUGCGGCCAAAACAGACGAUCUGGCGCGUAACUUUGCCAGACUAUCAACAUCAUCACGGCCUUCCUCGCGAGGGUUGACUUGGCAGCAACGGCCUGGCUCUCGAGAUAUCGAUACUGGUACGGUGCCGUUCCCAUCCUUCCAUUCGCCUAAAUCUACUGUCGAAACGCGUUUGGGGUCUACUUCCACACCGGACGCGGAUCAAACUCCGUCUCGAUCUCACAUUGCCCAGUCGCUGGCUUCAAAGGACCCUACCUGGUUUCGACAGACAGCUGAGCGCGGAACUGGAUCUCCUGCAUAUAGACGCGCCCAAGACAGUUCUAUGUCGGAUGUUUCUAUGAUGAGCGGGAACACGAGGUUGCCUGGUUUUAGCAGAGAGUCGAAGGUAGACUCUGAGAAGGUAAUAAACAACGAUUAUACCAGUGACCGUUCAGGGUCUCCGUCCAGGGGCAGUUCUGUAUAUGGCACUAGCAGCCUGGGAAACAGGUACUCCAGCAUUUCUUCUGUCUCUACGACUGGUGGAUUAGGGUCCCCGGUUCCGCUGUCCAGCACUCAGAGAGUAGAGUCGCGUGCGUCUUUCACUGCAAAUGAUCCUCACGCAACAGACCGUCUGGCAAUGUCCCCGUCUCAAGGUCGGAUUGCUGCGGAUCGACCCUCUUCUCCAACGAAAGGAUUGGGUGGUUUUGUGCAAAGUGCUAUGAUGAAGCGGUCUGAUAGCGUUUCAAAGAGAUGGAGCCACCAACAGGGGCGGGGCAGUGUAGCCUCCAAGCCAGUCUCCCAGACGCCCACAACUCUACCUAGAGAAGCAAGCGAUGAAGUGCCUCAUCUUCCAGGUUCACGCCCUGGCUCGAGCCACAGCGAAGCAACAACUAUUCGCCAGCAAGGGAGGGGGGAUCUGGAACGAUCGAAAUCACCCAAUGAUGCUUUCGUGAAACCGUCACUUCCUUCCCAGCCAUUGUCGCGAUCCGGUUCGAUUAGCAAUGCGGGAGACAAGCCGUCGGACUUGCCUGCCAGCCCAUCAAAAACAAUGGAUUCGCGGCGAUGGAGUCCCACGAAAGCCACUUGGUUGGAGAGUGCGCUAAACAAACCAGAUUCUCCCAAGCCUAAACCGCAGUUUCAAGAGGAACCUGAAUGGAAGAAAGGGUUAAGUAACAGACUCAGGCAAAACAAAGCUAGUGUCGAUUUGGGAAGACCGGGAUCUCUAAAAUUCUCAGCGCAAAAUGAGAACCAACCUCCAACAGAAUCGAAAGGUGCCUUAUUCCAAUCUUCCAGAGAAUCUGAAAAUCAGGAUGCCCUAAACACAGCGAAAUCUAGCCACCCAAGGCCACGUAACGCUCUAGAAUCCGACAAUGGAAGACUACGCAUUGACUCAACGGCGAGUGAAUCACAGGCUCCUGAAAACCCUCAGCAGCUUGAUGGCCUGAAGUCAGGGGCUAUCGGUUCUCCCAAACAAAGUAGCGAUAGUCCAGCGGUAGCGUCACCUGGAGGCCCUCAAAAGGGGAUAGGACCCCUAGGGAAACUGUCAACCGAAGGGAUUUCACCGAAACUGAAGCCUUCCACACCUCCCUUAAAUGACUUCAGAGCGAACUUGCGCCGUCGCGAAAUAGCAGACGAAGCUUCCAACAAAGAUGAGCCGGAGUUCAAGAAUGUUUUUGGAAAGCUAAGGAGGACCGAAACGAAAAACUAUGUCGCACCCGACGUAUUGAAAGAUAACAUUCUACGAGGCAAAGCCGGCCUGAACGCAACAGGAGGACCGAAAAGGUCUGAUAAAGUGGACGAAUUCAAGGAAAGUAUUCUUAAACAGAAAGAGGCAAUGAAAGCUGGUGGAGGUUCGAUCCGACGCCCAACUAUUGGAGAUAGCAGGUCUCCUUCCCCGGACAAACCGUCGCCUGAGAUCCCGGAGGCCAUUGCAAGGCGGAGAGCCAUGACAAAGUCCAGAAGUGGAAGUAUUAUUCCUAACUUUUCGGGGAACGGCACACUCUUGAAUCCAGCCGAACAGCCCAAAGCUGGAAGUCCUUCAAGAGAAGUAAAGCUGGCCGGAGCCGUUGGGUCGGACAUUCAAGGCCGUGCCAGUAAUGUCGUCCCUGCUGCUACCCCGGGCUUCCAAUCCCCUACCUCAAAACCUUCGGAAAACAGCCUAGAAGGUGGAAAACCUGAGCUAGGCAAGCGCUCACCAAAUUUAUCAUCUGGAAAAUUCGAUGUUACCACCGCAAAACUAGAUCAGAAGACUGAUUUUUCGCUGCCACAUUCGACGACGACGGAAUCGAAUAGCGGCCGGGUCAGUCCUGACCGGUCCUCAAAAGUGUCAAGUUUUGCGUCCACGUACGAUCAUAGUGCUAGUCAAGGGAAACCCAGCGCCCCACGUGCACGUUCUGGUACGGGGAAACUUGCUGAUAGGUUGAACCCUGCUUUAGCAGGCCUCUUAUCCCGCGGACCUCCUUCUAGCAACGGGUCAUCUAGCGGUUCGAAUGAUAAACCAUCACUGCCAACAUCCUUACAUUCUGGGUCGUCUGAGCCAUCUACACCAGGGAAGUUGACGCACACCACAAAAGGUCGAGCAAAGGGACCGAAAAGAAGGCUACCACAGUCUGCAAAGCCUGAACCGAAAGCACAGCAGAAUGAAGAUAAAACACCCUCAAAAGUCGAAGUAACGACAUCGUGGCGAUUGCCUGAUGCCAACUCUAGUGGUGAUAAAUUCGGCCUGGAUGCUUCACCUACCAAAGAAGAUGUGAGAUCAUUACUCAGAGGGUUCCCGUCGAGCAGGGGGGAGUCGGACGUGGCUAAUGUACUCUUCACACCAAGUGAACUGAAACAAACCAAAGAUAAACCACUGGUAUCCUCGAAGUCUCCUGAUCUUAGAAAGUUUACUCCUACUGGCAAUGGUCCUCAAAGAACCGAUUCAGAAAACGACGGGACUGAGCCCAAGUUGGAAUUACUUUCUUCGAAAAAAUACGUGGAGGUCGACUCUCUUCCCCCUACCCCAACUCCACGAAGAACCACUUCCAGUGACAGUUUCAAGUCUGAGGGAAAGCCAAGUCCACCUCCCAAACCUGCUGCGAUUUCACCCCCAGCAGCAAAUUCUCUAGGCCAAAAGAGUCUUCCUCCCUUCCCACCAGAACGUAUUGACUCCCCUCCUGUACCUCCGAAACAUUCUAGCCCCACGCUUGCUAGACAAAAGUCAACCUUGAUUGGCUCUAAAAUAUCGCCAUUCCCCGAGUCAUCGGAAGCAGUUAAUGUCUUUUCAAGUUUCUUCGACGCUAUGCCAAAAGCAAGUGAUAAAGUUGAAGUCGACCCUCAGGCGGUAUUAAUGUCACGACCGGAUGUAUAUCCCAAAAUCAGCACAAUAUCGAAGCAAAUAUGGGAGAUCACUGGCGAUGGGAAGCGGAAGGAUCUUCCAGCUAACCAAGGGUAUAUACUCUUUGAACAAAGCAUGUAUCUAUGCGUGCAUGUUUUCGAUGUAGCAGGGGGUUCUAAAACCACUCAAGUUCAUCUUUGGUGCGGCGACGAAGUAGCUGAGGCGGCCAUUGAGGACGCACAGCUAUUUGCUCGCAAGGUUGCCCGGGAAAAUAGCUGUAAGCUUGAGCUCGUCAAGCAAGGAAAAGAGGCGCCAAGUUUCAUUCAAGCUCUCGGCGGCAUUAUCAUCACGCGUCGUGGCUCGGGGAGUCGCACCAAUUCUUCUGCAAUGUAUAUGCUCUGUGGCCGCCGACAUAUGGGCCAGAUUGCCUUUGAUGAAGUCGAUCUGGCCGCUUCGAGUCUAUGUUCCGGCUAUCCGUACCUAAUCUCUGCUAAAUUCGGCAAGCUGUACCUCUGGCAAGGUCGUGGAAGUACAGCUGAUGAGCUGGGCUGCGCCAGACUUAUAGGUAUGGACCUGGGCUUAACAGGUGAAAUCGAGGAAGUCAUUGAAGGCAAGGAACCACCGGGAUUCUUCGAGACCUUUCCGGACACUUUCCAACCAACCGCGGGUCAAACGGCAGAUCAUUGGAAAUUGAAGCCCACGAACGGGAAAUAUUGCUGCCGACUUUACCGCAUAGACUAUGAACUUGGGCAGAGGUUUGGAUCUGGCUUUUGGAGUCGUCGCGGGACCUCGUCGCCCGUAACGAGGCCGAAUGAUAUUGUGCAGGAAAUCGAACCGUUCUGCCAGCGCGAUCUCGACCCCAAUUACAUUCACAUCUUGGAUACCUUCUUUGAGAUUUUUGUUAUUGUUGGAGAUCGAGCCCACGCGCGAUCCGCAGAAUUCGCCUCCGCAUUGAUAUUCGCGCAGGAAUACAGCAUCAUGGCUGUAUCUCUGCAAGACCGGCCAUUCCUGCCCAACAGCAGCGUCGUGAUUUACGGACUUCCAAACGAAUGUAAGCGGGCAUUCAGAAAGUGGGAAGAUCGGGGCAUGGUAUCUCCAAGAAAGACGCCAACCGUUAUACCCCUUAAUGCUGCUAUAGAAGCGAUUCGGUGAUUUUAUAUUUGUUUUCUUCACUCUGCUUGCCGUUUUGGAGGAGGUUGAUCAGCUAGCCUCCUCCUCAUUAUGGACUUGUUUUUUGUUUAUUUAAUCCAUUUUCUUGCAUUAAUUUCCAUAGCGGAGCUCGUUUUCAUGUCUUUUUUUGUCUCUUGAUUUUGAUGUGAUCUUGGUGCUACAUUCUCUGUCCUCUAUUCUCUUUUCUUUUCUUGUCUGACUUUUGCUUCUCUGGUUGGUUGGCUGUUUCCUGUUAUACAAUAAUGUGCAUGACAGCGUGUAAGAGGGAUCCCCCUCUUUCUGGCUGAUCUCAGAUCUCAGCUUUUUCGGAUCUGUGUAAAAAGGUUGAUGCAUUGCAUUGGUGUUUGUUAGGGUGCGGGGAGGUGGUUGGGUUGAGGACCCUGGCGAGGGGCUGUUUCUUCUCAUGUAAAAAUUAAGAGACGACUUCUAUACAUACGACAUGUAUCGCUAUAUUGUUAAUCGCAUUAUGAACAAUACACGCUUCUCCUGAGAGUGAGGUAGUACGGAGUACAUGCUCUGGGGCUUAUGGCUUGAUAUCAACCUUUGCUAGUUGCAUAGCAGGCGGAACAAUGCAUUAGGUGCAAUGCCACAGCGAAAGAAGGAAAAUAAAUCAUGUGAAUAUGAAAGAAAUAUGAAGUAUCACAACCAUA